AUGAGAUGCGGUCUCUGGAUUCAAUUGCUCGGGCAACUGGCAUUUUCUCUGGUGGUCUUCGGCGAGCCAAACAGAACGGAGUUAAACCAUGUUGUGGAACGUGUUUUCUCACGUCAAAAGCGCUUUGUGUUGUUUCCGAAGGGUUCGAAUUUGAAAUUUACCGGCUCUAUAAGUAAAGGUCUUCUCUCCAGCUUCCCUAAAGGCGUAGCCAUGAAUAUUGAGCAGGCCUGUUACUAUCCAGUGCCUUCGAGUCGUGAGGAUGUCUAUCCGAAACGUUUUCGACCCAGAACAACUACAACUCCAGAGCCCAAAACAACCACAGAGCCAACCUAUGUUUGGAUAGCUGGUACCGAUUGGCGAUAUAAGGCAACACCAGUUAAGAAGCCCAAGCCAUUAAGGUUACAUCAACGCAUAGACUACAGGCCCCAAACGCCCAACUACGCUGAUCCGGUAAAGUGGAAGCAAUGGUCGAAGUACAGAGAGCGCUAUGAGAAUUGGACGCCAGCAAGACCAUAUUAUGAGAAAUAUAAGCAGUCUGGAACGUGGAGCAAAUGGACAACAGCAGCGCCCAAUUGGAACAAAUAUGGCAAGCGUUGGUAUAGAUCGGUGGAAUCGCAACAAGUUGAAAGUCCAGAGGAAGAGCCUUACGAUCCCGAAACAGCGCCCUAUGAAGCUGUCACCUAUCCAGAUCUGGAGCACGUCACGGACUGGCAACAAUACCAUGGACAUCGUGAUCGUCGGCAGUUGUUCGAGCAAUUUGGAGGGUUCAGCAAGCUUCUUGGUAUCGAUACUAAAGCCUGCAUCCUGCGCGCCAUAUGCGACAGCAAGCGUUUGCUACUGCCACCAGGCUAUUCCAUGUUGCAGGAUAUAGUCCGUUUGAUCUUUACCCUGCCCACCAUUUCAGGCGUGGAGGAUGACUACAGUCGUAUGAUGCGCAUGAAUGCAGAGGAUUGUGACCGACAAUUCAGGGGUCAGUGUAAAUUAAACGUGUUGGGUGUGUUGCUUGAUGGCAAGUGGGGUCAUUGAAUAA